AUGUCGAAAUUCGCAGACUUUCAACUCCCUCUCAUUAAAAACGAACCCCCCAAGAAUUAUGGACCAGAAAGUGUUGAGCGCGAACAACUUGUCGCUGCCUACCGCGAACUAGAGUCCCAAUUGCCCGUGGCCAUCCCCCUUGGUGUCAACGGAAAGGACGUCAAGACCAACGAUAUAGGCGAACAACGCUGUCCUUUUGACCACAAGAAGGUUGUGGCCCGUUACCACCGUGCCAGUUCGUCGGAUGUCCAAGGCGCCAUCGAGUCUGCUCUCGAAGCAAAGAAGGAAUGGGAAAACUUGUCUUUCACCGACCGUGCUGCCGUCUUCUUGAAGGCUGCUCAUUUGAUCAGCACAAAGUACCGUUACAAGCUUAUGGCCGCCACCAUGAUUGGCCAAGGGAAAAACAUCUGGCAAGCUGAGAUUGACGCUGCUAUGGAAAUCAUCGACUUUAUACGUUUCGAUUGCAAAUACGCUAGCGAAUUGUACUCGGUUCAACCCCCCGAAAAUUCUACCGGUGUCUGGAACCGCACCGAGUACCGUCCCUUGGAAGGCUUUGUUUACGCCAUCACCCCCUUCAACUUCACUGCCAUCGGCGGUAACUUGGCUGCUGCUCCUCUUCUCAUGGGCAACGUUGUGCUCAUGAAGCCUUCCGACCAUGCUGUCUUGUCCAACCGCAUUAUCUAUGACAUCUUCGUCGAAGCUGGUCUUCCUGCUGGUGCUUUGCAAUUUGUCCCUGGUGACGCUAUUGAGGUUUCCAAGGCUUGCUUCAACCACUACGACUUUGCCGCCCUUCACUUUACCGGAAGCACCAACGUUUUCCGCUCUAUGUGGGGAAUCAUCGGUGAAAACGUCGCCCACGGCAAGUACCGCACUUACCCCAAGAUUGUUGGUGAAACCGGUGGUAAGAACUUCCACCUUGUUCACCACUCUGCUCAAAUCCGUUCCGCUGUUGUCAACACGGUUCGUGCUGCUUAUGAAUACCAAGGACAAAAGUGCUCUGCCUUGUCUCGUCUUUACGUUUCCCGCGCUUCUUGGGAAGCUGGUUUCCGUGACCAACUCUUACAGGAAGUCAAGGCUUUGAAGGUUGGUGCUCCUUUGCAAGAUCUAUCCAACUUUGUCGGUCCCGUCAUCCACCGUGGCAGCUUUGACAAGUUGAAGGCUGUUUUGGACAGCGCCGCCACUGACAGUGAAGUCGAAGUCUUAGCUGGUGGCAAGGCUGACGAUUCUACUGGCUACUUUGUUGAGCCCACCGUCCUCCUUUCCAAGAACCCCAAGCAUGACAUCUUCAAAACCGAAUUCUUCGGCCCCAUCCUCGCCGUUUACGUUUACGAGGAUGAAUCUUUGGAAGAGGUUUGCGAGUUGGUCGAUACUACCAACGCGUAUGGUUUGACUGGUUCUAUCUUUGCCCAAGACCGUAUCGUCGUUCGUAAGCUCACUGAGCGUCUCCGUAACGCCGCCGGAAACUUUUACAUUAACGACAAAUGCACUGGUGCUGUUGUUGGUGAGCAACCCUUCGGCGGUGCUCGUGCCAGCGGUACCAACGAUAAAGCCGGUAGCGGUAUGAUUUUGUCACGUUUCGUUUCUCCUCGCUCCGUCAAGGAUACCUUUGCUUAUGCCGACUCUGUAUUAUACCCCUCCAACCUUUAA